UGCGACGCCCAGCUACCUGGGACAAAUCACAUCUAUUAAUAGCUCUAUAGUCUUAGCCGACUUCUAUAUUUAUCGGGGAUUCCCUUCCAUACAAGGAGAAAAACAUGAAUAAUCGAUGUGAGGAUUCCAGGAAAUAGGUCGGUACACGGGUAUAAAUACCUAGCAGUUUACCCGAGUGGAGGAAUCAAAGACAUCUCGACACUGGAAACAGUCAAGUUACUACAGAAUACAUAUACUACAACUAUCAAUACAUCAUGUCUGAGUACGAUACGGAUAUUGCUGCUGUUGUCAUUGACAACGGAUCUGGGAUGUGUAAAGCCGGCUUUGCUGGGGAUGACGCCCCACGUGCUGUGUUUCCAGCUAUCACAGGCAGACCCAAGUACGACGUCUACAUGGCAGGCAUGGGGAGCAAGGACUGCUAUAUCGGGGACGAGGCACAGAGUAAGAGAGGAAUCCUCAGUCUGAAAUAUCCCGUAGAGAACGGCAUCGUCAACAACUGGGACGACAUGGAACGUGUGUGGCACCACACCUUCUACAACGAGCUGAGAGUGGCACCCGAGGAGCACCCAGUACUUUUGACGGAGGCACCACUCAACCCCAAGUCUAACAGAGAGAAGAUGGUGCAGAUCAUGUUUGAGACAUUCAACACUCCUGCCUUCUAUGUGAGUAUCCAGGCGGUGUUGUCGCUGUACGCCUCAGGGAGAACCACUGGCGUCGUCCUGGACUCGGGAGAUGGCGUCUCUCACGUCGUGCCCAUAUAUGAAGGUUACGCCCUGCCCCACGCUGUCCGGAGAAUGGACCUGGCUGGCCGUCACCUGACCUACUACCUCAGCAGGAUUCUACACGAGAGAGGAUACAACUUUACUACAUCAUCUGAGAAGGAGAUAGUGCGAGACAUCAAGGAAAAACUGUGCUAUGCUCCCCUGGACUUCGAGGCGGAGAUGGUGGCAGCUUCACAGUCCAGCGCCAUUGAAAAAGGAUACGAGCUGCCAGACGGGUCUGUGAUAACCAUCGGCAAUGAAAGAUUCCGAGCUCCAGAGUGUUUGUUCCAGCCAAGCUUCAUGGGUAUGGAGAGUGUGGGCGUCCACGAGAUGCUGAACAACUCAGUAAUGAACUGUGACAUAGACACCGCCUUCUAUGUGAGUAUCCAGGCGGUGUUGUCUCUGUACGCCUCGGGGAGAACCACUGGCGUCGUCCUUGACUCGGGAGAUGGUGUCUCGCACGUCGUGCCCAUAUAUGAAGGAUACGCCCUGCCCCACGCUGUCCGGAGAAUGGACCUGGCUGGCCGUCACCUGACCUCCUACCUCAGCAGGAUUCUACACGAGAGAGGAUACAACUUUACUACAUCAUCUGAGAAGGAGAUAGUUCGAGACAUCAAGGAAAAACUGUGCUAUGCUCCCCUGGACUUCGAGGCGGAGAUGGUGGCAGCUGCACAGUCCUGCGCCAUUGAGAAGGAAUACGAGCUGCCGGACGGGUCUGUGAUAACUAUCGGCAAUGAGAGGUUCCGAGCUCCAGAGUGUCUGUUCCAGCCAAGCUUCAUGGGUAUGGAGAGUGUGGGCGUCCACGAGAUGCUGAACAACUCAGUAAUGAACUGUGACAUUGACAUCAGGAAGGAUCUGUACAGCAAUGUGGUUCUGUCAGGAGGAUCAACAAUGUAUCCAGGUCUGGCUGAUCGUAUGAUGAAGGAACUGACCAACAUCGUGCCAUCUACAAUCAAGGUCAAGGUUAUUUCUCCACCAGAACGGAAGUACUCAGUGUGGAUCGGCGGCUCCAUCUUAGCCUCGCUUUCGACCUUUCAACAGAUGUGGAUCUCCAAGCAGGAGUAUGAUGAAUGUGGACCUAGUAUUGUUCACAGGAAGUGUUUCUGAGCGCCAUCUUGAGACAGACCGGUGACCAACGUCCCACGCCGAUGAGGUACGAUAACAUGCAAUGAUGUACGCACGCACGUACGAUGUAUGAGGUACGAUGACACGCAAUCUACGAUGUCAUCGAGUCUGACCACCCGAUCCAUUUACCCCGCAUGAUAAAAUGGAGUCAAAUCGUGGUUUCAUUGCAAGUAACGCGUUGUUAUUAAUGGAUGUUCGCAGUUUCCUGGUGAUUAUUUUUGCAGUUGUAUACUGCAAAUAUUAUACAUAGGUUUACAAGUUAGUCAAGUUGUACACUGCAACAAACCUACCUCCACGAUAUGUUAACAGAGUUGUUUGUCCAUUUGUAGUAUUGAUAAUUUAAAUUUGUAUUUUUUAUAAAGAACUGUAUGAUCUUGUUGGACCUGCGCCGGGUGGCCAUAUACAUUAAGGCUGAGAUAUCACAGAUAUAUGUGCGACAUUGUGAAUCAUGGAACUAUGUGCCAGACAUCUUAACCAUCGUAUCAAUAACUGACUGGAAGAAGAUAGUUGUAUGUUCAUUACAAUGUUUAUAGACCGCCUCCGUGGUCUAGUGGUACAGCGUCUGCCCGGAGAGAAGAAGGUUCUGUGUUCCAUCCCCGGCCGCGUCAUACCACAAGACGUUAAAAGAUGGUACUUGUUGUUACCCUGGCAAUUGUUCGGCAUUAAGGGGCCAAAGCAAGGACUGGUCGGCUUGGAGUCAGUAUACAGUGCCUGAGUGGGGUAUGGUAUCUCAGUAGGCUAGCGCUGUAAACUCGGCAUUAGUCUCGAAAAGUACAAGCAGCCACACAGAUACAUGCAUGCACGUUGCUGUAUAAGUGCAAUAAUCUUGGACGCGACGUUAAACCCCAUGUCACCUCACCUGCAAUCUAUAUUCAUGAAAGCUCUCGAUCGUACCUGAGUGUGAAAUAAACGAUGGUUUUGUAUGUGUAUAUUUCGUCGUAUUUUGUGUAUUUUCCAUGGGUUGAAUAAA